GGGGCGGCCUCGCUCUCCCCGCGGGCCUGUGGUGACCCCGGCGCGCGUUCCGCGGGUCGGGGCAGCGUUCGGGGCCAACGCGGCCUGGGGCGGUCCGUUGUAAUCGGAAAUGCGGAGGUCUUGGGGGCGGCCGAGGGGCGGAGGACUCCGGGGAUGGGUGACGGGGCCUCCCGGGAGGGGCCGCUGGACGCGGCGCGCGGCGGGUCUUGCUGUGUGGAGCGUGGCCGCCGGAGCCGGCCCGUGCGGAGGGCUGCUGAGGGGCCUGCGGGGGUCGGUGACUGGGGCCAGGGAUCAUUGUCGUUUGAGGAUGUGGCUGUGGACUUCACGCGGGAGGAGUGGCAGCUGCUGGACUCUGCUCAGAAGACUCUGUACAGAAAUGUGACGUUGGAGAACUUGAGCAGCCUUGUGUCACUAGGGUUUCAACUUAUCAGACCAGAUGUGAUCUUCAGACUGGAGCAGGAGAAGCCACGGGUAAUCAGUGAAGACAUCCCCAGUCAGAGCUUUUCAGAAUACUGGAAAGUUGAUGAUUACAAAGCAUGGCACCAAGAAAUUCAAGACAGGAUUAAAAAAUUGGAACAAGUCCAUGAAACGAAUGUAAGUGGAAAAAUAUUUCAGUCUGGCAUGAACCUUGCACCUUUAAAGCAAAAGCCCAAUAAGCGUGUCUCAAAUGGAAAACAUUUGAAAUACUCGUUAGAUUUAUUUACUCAGACUGGAAACUGUGGAAGAAAGCAAGCUGGUAAGGGCAAUGGAUAUGAGAAAUCCUUUCUCCAUACUGAACAUGAAAAAACUCAUGUUGGAUUAAAAUACUAUGAAUGUAGUGAAUGUGGAAAAGUCAUCAGCAAGAAGUCACGACUCAUUGUCCAUCAGAGAACACACACAGGAGAGAAACCAUUCAAAUGCAGUGGAUGUGGCAAAGCCUUUUCCCAGAAGUCACACCUUGUUACACAUCAGACAGUUCACACGGGAGAAAAACUUUAUGGAUGUGAGUGUGGGAAGGCCUUCUCUAGAAAGUCACACCUUAUCACACAUCAGAGAACUCACACGGGAGAGAAACCGUAUGAAUGCAGCGACUGUGGGAAAGUGUUCUCUCAGACAUCACAGCUCAUCAUUCAUCAGCGAAGUCACACGGGAGAGAAACCCUAUGCCUGUGGUGAAUGUGGGAAAGCCUUCAGUGGGAAAUCACAACUUAUUACUCAUAAGAGAACCCAUAUAGAUGAAAAGCCCAACAAAUGCAGUGAAUGUGGCAAAGCCUUCAGAGAGAAGUCAAGUCUCAAUAAACAUCAGAGAAUUCAUUCAGGAGAGAAACCCUAUGGAUGCAGUGAGUGUGGGAAAGCCUUCAGUGGGAAGUCACUGCUCAUUAGACAUCAGAAAACUCAUUCAGGAGAAAAGCCCUAUGGAUGCAAUGAGUGUACAAAAGCAUUUAUUUGGAAGUCACAGCUCAUCAUACACCAGCGGACUCACACAGGAGAGAAGCCCUAUGGGUGUGGUGAAUGCGGGAAGGCCUUCUCCCAGAAGUCACACCUCAUCAUACAUCAGAGAACUCAUAGAACAGAAACCCUAGAAACAGAGUGAAUGUGAGAAACUUUGAAGAAAAUAAUCGCCCUUCUCUCUACAUCCUAAAACGCAUUUAUAGAAAUUCCCUGAAGGCCAUGAGUAUAGGAAAGUCAUUGGCAGGAAGUUCUACUUCCUUAAACAUCAGAAUGCCAAAUGGGAGAGUGGGCCUCUGUGUGCAGUGAACGUGGCAAAGACUGUAGAAAAAAGCACUCAGCAAAUAGUCUAGUCUCGUAAAUAAAAUUAUUCAUAUUGAGGACAAAAAUAAUGAUUUAAAAGAAUAUAGAAAAACUUUGUCCAUAGAAACGUUAAAAAAAUCAAUUUCCAACUCUGGUAUUGCAUCUUUUAAAGAAAAGGUUAUUCAAUUUUAAAUAAUAAGCAUAUGAAACCUUAAAGAUAUGUAUCUGUACAUAUAAAUAUAUAUAUAUAUAUAUAUAUGUUCAUAAUGAUGACAGCCAAGUAAAAAGCCUGUUGCUUCAGAGGAACAUAGGGCUUAUAUUCCUGAGUAUGCCUACAUGUUAUAAAUUUAUAUAUUUUCAUAGCACAUGUGAAGUUAAUCUGUGAACAUGGUGUAUGUCAUGUUUAUGACGCAGCAUCUGUCAAGAGUGCUACACAGUGGAUACGUUUGUUUGUACCAUAAUGGUAGAAGAUAAGCUGCACCAAAUGAUGUAUUUAUUAUUUAACAAACAGUUUAAGAUAUAUUGCCAGAUAUUUUUGGCACACGUAAAUGAGUUUGAGAGCUCUUAUCUGCUCUGCCUUCAGUAGUAGAAGCUGGACUUUUUCAGUAAAGUUGUCUGCCUCCUCUGCGUCACCAGUUUAUAUACAGAACUGUUGUUCAUAUUAGACAUGCAAAGGCAAGAAUACACGUUAACAUAUAACUGAGUAAGCAACAGAAAAGCCCUGAAUUGCAUCACUCAUCAUCUAAAUAUAUGAGAAAUGGGGUUUGAGAAAAUAAAAGACCCACAAAGCAUAUCCUCCUGUUAUUUUCUCAGUGGGAUUUCUGUACAGAUUAGUUGUACAUGCGUUGAAUAUAAUAGAGCCAAGAAACUGUAUUUUAGGUUAAUAUGUUAAGACAUCAUGUAAUACUGUUCUCUGUAUCAAUCUUUUAAUGUUUUCCUAAAGUACUUUGCAAAUAAUUAGAAGAAACUCUAUUUAAAAAAAAACAUGUAGUUCUGUAAGGUUACAUGCAGAGACUCUUUGCUAGGAGAAUUAGGAUUUUUGAUAAUUUGAUUCAGACAUCUCGUACAGAUGAGGCUUUAGAAAUCAAGUUACCUUAUUGUUUGUAAAAGAAAUCUUUAAUGUACAAGAGACCUUGCAAUGCACAAGGUAUUAUCUUGCUUUUAAAUAUGCCAACUUUAAGUUUAAUUUUUAAAUAACGUGUCUUGAAAAUGCCAAAACCCUUUCUUGAAUGUUGGUGAAAUUCAGAGGUUUGCAUCACACCCAAAUGUGUGAUUUUCUUUUGUUGCCAACACAAGAAACUUGUCUUUGUUGAAACCAUCUAUUAUGCAUGUUACCUGUACCUCCGUUUAGAAUUUUUUAGUACUUCCUCUCCUUGAUAAUGCCUGACAAUGUCAGAUUUCUUUCCUGAAUGGUUAUAACAUUCAGACUUACAGAAAAAUGACUGUUUUCAUCAGAGAAAGGGAGAUUUGUGGACAGUAGUCUUUAUGUUGCAUAUCCAAUGGCAAAUGUUAUUUGUAUACGGGGUUGUAUCAAAAUUAAAGUUAGGACCUAGGUUAGCAAAGUAUUGCUUUGGGGGGAUGACCUUGACCCCCAAUUUCUUAUGCAUCCUGUACGGGGAGGUCUUCAUUAUUCCGAAGUGUCCUGUGAGAGCUUGUCUGACUUACCAAUCAGGGUCCAAGCUUGAGCACAACAGCUACUCUAAGUGAAGCUGAGCGAAUUGCAGUUGAUUAAAGAGGUAGUAGGAGAGCUGAGAAGCCAGAGGGGGUAGAGCUGUAGGUAUUCAUAUGCAGUUUCUACUCCCCAUUCUUGCAACCUUGACUGCCUCUGGGUCCGAGGGCUUAAUCCUCAAGGGAAGAAGGCUCCUAUCAAACGUUACAACAGUUCCUUGAUGCUGUUUUGAGCAUCUUGUGCCGGUGAAUCAACCAUCAGAGAAGGAGGUUACUCUUACUACUGGGGUUUUAAAUCCACAGAACUAAGGAGUUGCUGGCACACAUUUGGGGCCAGGUGGACUCUGUAUGGAGCCUCUUAGUAUUUCCAUUAUGGUUGUGAGUUCCGGUGGGAGACUAAAGCACCCUAAUAAGGAUAGGACUACUAGAAAUUCAGUCUUCAGUAAUGAAGAUUGGGUUUCCCCACAAGUAAAGAACCUUGACCCACCAAUACCUUGCUAAUGGCAGGCAUAAUAUGAAACACGUGGUUAUUUAAAAAAAAGUUUUAUGGUGAGUGCAGAGGUGAAUAUACCUGCUAUGUAUAUUUUUGUUGUGUUUCAACAAAUUUUCCUUCCCUAUUUUUUUUAAAGAUUUUAUUUAUUUAUUUGACAGAGAGACAGAGAGGGAACACAAGCAGGGGGAGUGGGAGAGGGAGAAGCAG